AAACCCGAAAACGUAGAAGAAAAAUGGCAACCGUGCCAUGCCGCGCGUCCCUUCUCAUGCUACUAAUGCUCGUGCACCCCUGCUGCUGCGCAGCACCGGCCGCCGAUGAGAGGCGGCUUCUCAUCCAGAUCAAGCGCGCGUGGGGCGACCCGUCCACGCUCGCGGCAUGGGACGGCUCGGCCGACCACUGCACCUGGCCCUACGUCACCUGCGUCGCGCCAUCCGGGCCUGUCACAAGCCUCUCCCUCGCCAGCACAAACGUAGACGGCCCGUUCCCGGACGCCAUCGGCGCCCUCUCCGGCCUCACGAGCCUCGACAUCUCCAACAACGGCGUCACCGGCGCCUUUCCGACAAGCGUAUACCGAUGCGCUUCUCUCCGGUAUCUGGAUUUGUCCCAUAACUACCUCGGCGGCGAGCUACCCGCCGACAUGGGCGGCGCGCUCGGGGAGAACCUCACCUCUCUAGUGCUCAACGGCAACCACUUUAACGGUACCAUCCCCACCUCCUUGUCCCGGUUACGUAACCUCCAUUCGCUUGCGCUGGACAACAACCACCUCGCCGGCACCAUCCCGGCAGAGCUCGGCGACCUCACGGGCCUUCAGACGCUCACGCUCCUGAACAACUUGUUCAGCGUUGGCGAGCUGCCGGCGUCGUUCAAGAACCUGACCAAGCUGAAAAAAUUCUGGGCGGCUAACUGCAACCUCACCGGCGACUUCCCGAGCUAUGUGGCCGAGAUGCCGGAGUUGGAGGCGCUCGACCUCUCGGGCAACGCCUUGACCGGAAGUAUACCUCCGGGGAUUUGGAACCUCCCCAAGUUGCAAAAGGUGGAUCUAUCUGCCAACAACCUCGCCGGCGAGGUCGUGGCAACCGAUGGUGCCUUCGGCGCCGCGAAUUUGGUGACGAUCGAUCUGUCCUUGAAUCACAGGCUACGUGGGCUGAUUCCGGAGGGCCUCGGUCACUUACCGAACCUUGAAACUCUCAACUUGUCCGGUAACCAGCUCUUUGGCAGGAUCCCGAGGAGCAUAGCCAAGCUCGGCUUGCUGACGCAGCUGGACCUGAGCAGGAAUCAGCUCGUCGGCGAAAUACCGGCAGAAUUGGGCGACAUGCAGAUGCUCAACGCACUUGACCUGUCGUCGAACAAGCUAUCUGGCGACAUACCACUGCCGCUUGCCGGGCUACAGCUCCGUUCGCUCAACCUGUCAUCCAACCAGCUCGAAGGCCAGGUACCGGCAGGGCUCGCCACCGCCGCUUACGACCGGAGCUUCCUCGACAACCCCGGCCUCUGCCUUGCCGGUACGGAGUUCGGCUUCGUCGCAGGCGUUCGCUCCUGCUCCAUGCCAUCACAAGUCGCCUCUUCCCCCGGGGUCCGCUCGACGGCUCUCCUUGCCCUCAAGGCCGCCGCCUGCGUGGUCGUCGUCCUCGUCGUGGCAGUGGUUUUCUUCGUCGUCCACGACAGGAAAAAGAAGCGCGCUGCACAGGAUGGUUCCGAGGAGAAUCAGUCGGCAGCGGCGGGUCGGGGCCUGCUUAAUGCUACUACCUCCGUCCUGGUUUAUAGGUUCUCUUUAUAGUUUGUGUCAAAUUUUGACUAAAGAUUUAACUAAUAAAAUAUUAAUGCAUGUCAAGAAAAAUUAUCUCAUUGGAUUCAUAUUUGAAUAUAGUUUUCAAAAAUCUAAUGUUUGGUGACAUGCGUGAACAUUUUGUUAGUUUAGUCUAUGGUCAAAAUUUAACACGGAAUACAAUGGAGACCAAUAAACUCGGACAAAGGUAGUACUAUAUAACCGAUAACUUUCUUUUCUUGCUAGAUUUUUUCCCCUUUCCUACAUAUUAUGUAAUUUGACUGGACUAUGUAAGUCUCAGUCAAAGUCAACUGACAAAUAGCCAUCCCGUUAAUGUUGUUUAUUCAUCUAAUUAUUUAUAUAAACAUCUACUUAUUUAAUUAAAUAUAUAUAUUUAAAUAUUUAUCUAUUGAUGGGAGAACCAACUAUCUAAGAAAAUUGAAGAUAUAGCUCCUUAAUUUUUGAGUUGGACAUGAAACUAUUUGUCAAGUUACACUAUCAUUUUUUUCGAUAAAAGACGCUUUUAUUAACUCAGAAUAUAGCAUCAAGUGGAUAGAAAAUAUAAUGAGUGACACCCGACCUCUACAUAGGUAAAAUACACACAGCC